GGAUACAGACAGAACCGUUUUUGCUCCCCAGUAAAGUUCUUUUCAUCAGACACUUCCUUUGGGCUGUUGGAUGGAACAGUUCCUCAGCCAAACCUUAUCCCCACAACAGCUGCUUCCCGAAUUUCUCCCCUUGAGAAUUCUCCUUUUGGGUUCCUCUUUCCAACACAGCGUGCUCUGCUUUGCUUCUGCCUUGAUUACUUCAGAAAUCAGAUACAGCAAACAUUUAUUAAGUGAUGCAGAGGGGUGAACACUUGGAGUUGAGAGCCCUAGACUCUUGUCCUGGCUCUGCCACUAACUGGCGGUGUGGCCUUGGGCAAGCACCUUGUCUUUUCAGUGCUUUAGUUUCCCUUUGAAUAAAAUGGGUAAGUGCCUUCUGACUGGUAGGCUCUUGUCCAGUUCUCCCCUCCUAUCCUCCAGCAGGCUCUCCGUGGAGGCCCGGACCCUUCUCCUCCCCAUGGGCAGCUGCCAGGCAGGGCACAACCUGCAUCUCUGUCUGGCCCACCACCCACCUCUGGUCUGUGCCACUUUGAUCCUGCUGCUUCUUGGCCUGUCAGGCCUGGGCCUUGGUGGCUUCCUCCUCACCCACAGCACUGGCUUGCGCAGCCCUGACAUCCCUCAGGACUGGGUCUCUUUCUUGAGAUCUUUUGGCCAGCUGACCCUGUGUCCCGUGAAUGGGACAGUCACGGGGAAGUGGCAUGGGCCUCAGGUCGUGGGCUUACUGACCACCUUGAACUUUGGAGAUGGUCCAGACAGGAACAAGACACAGACAUUCCAAACUAUGGUCCGGGGUAGUCACAUGGGAUUGAAAGGAUCUUCUGCGGAAGAGCGGGUCCUCAUUACUGCCAGAGUGACCACAGAAAGGACCCCAGGAACAUGCCUGUAUUUUAGUGCUGCUUCAGAAAUCCUGCCCUCCAGCCAGCCACCCCUCUCCUGCUCAGAGGAAGGAACAGGAAAUGCCACCUUGAGUCUUAGGACGAGUGAGGAGUGUGUCAGCGUCUGGAGCCACGAAGGCCUUGUGCUCACCAAGCUGCUCACCUCGGAGGAGCUGGCUCUGUGUGGCUCCAGACUGCUUGUUUUGGGCUCCUUCCUGCUUCUCUUCUGUGGCCUUCUCUGCUGUCUCACUGCUGUGUGCUUCCACCCGCGCCGGGAGUCCCACUGGUCUAGAACCCGGCUCUGAGGGCGCUGGCCUAAUUCCCAUCUUGUUCUCAGGAGAUAGCCACAGGAGAAGCAGAAACAGCCCAAGCCCAGGGAAAGGCUCUGGCCAGAGAAACUGGACGCUCAAGAUCCACAUUGCUAAUUUUGCUGAGGGCUAGGCUCCACCUACUUGGGAUAGGAGAUAGUGGAACCCUCAUAGCUUUUCUUAGAUCUGAGUGGACUGGGAAAUGAAGGCUUUCUGGCUCCUAGCAGAUCCUGGGGAUCUGAAGGGGCCCACCCAGUUGGGAUGAGUGUUUGUGCCCAUCUGUAGUCACCACUUCCUCUGCUCCUUCCUCUUUUUUUUUUUUUUUAAGAUUUUAUUUAUUUAUUUGAUAGAGAGAAAGAGAUCACAAGU